AGCACUGGAGAUUUUGUUGUUUGCCUACAGACAUUACUGUUGAGUAGACAAUACAUCUGGAUGGAAAUGAAUCUGGCUUUCUUUAUUUUGCCUGGGGUUUUGUGUACCACUUGGCAUGUGAAAUACCAACCUAACAAGAUCUGUGCAUCGAAAGGCUCUUCUGUGAUCAUUCCUUGCACAUAUGAAUAUCCUAAUUCAAACUCAUUGGUGGAAGUCAUGUGGAGUCGCGGGAGGGCACACUUUUAUGAUGGCCCUUUCAUUUAUAAGGAAAAUAAGGCUAUAUCAAAUACCAGUAGCAAAUUUGAGUAUAUUGGUAAAAAUGAUAAAAAUUGUUCUUUAAAAAUAAACCACAUAGAGCACACAGACUCUGGAGAAUAUGCGUUCAGAUUUCUAACUACCAACAAUGGCAUGUGGACUGGUAGAGAUGGCACAAAAGUGACUGUUUCUGACACGAUUAUUUCCAUAAUGAGGCCUGAAGAAAAUGAAACAAUCAAAGAGGGAAAAAACGUGUCUUUGAUAUGCGAAAACAACUGCACAUCUGAGGUAAUUUGGUUUAAGAACAAUGAACCCUUGCCAGAGCGGGCCUCAGUUAUUUUCUUUAGUGACAUAUCCAGCCACGACUCUGGGAACUACUCAUGUGCUACAAAACAUCACAGCAGUUCACUUUCGGAUGUUUUCAGGAUUAGUGUUGAAUAUGAGCCUAAGAAUACCUCUGUAUCGGUCAGGCCGGCGCCUGAAGUAAUAAGGGGUAGUAAUGUUACUCUGACCUGUAGCAGCAAUGCUAACCCAGCCGUGGACAUCUUCCUUUGGUAUAAAAUAGAUGGAGACCAUUGUCUGAAGAUGGGCUCCCAGGCCAAGUUACAAUUAAAUAAUGCUGAAACUGCCCAUAGUGGGCAUUAUUUCUGUGUUGUUAGCAACAAGCAUGGAAGACAGAAUUCUACAGUUUUAACCCUGAAAGUAAAAGAGAAAGCUAUGGGGAUGGCAGAAACAUGGCUCAUUGCCACUAUUAGUGCAUUGUCAACGAUUUUCAUUUUUAUUGCGCUGACAGUCGCUUGGUAUUUUGUUGGGAACAGGAAGAAGAACGCAGCACCAAAAACCGUCCCCGCAGAGAAUGUAAUGACUGCGGAUGUGCACAUAACCCGCCCCAUAUCGGACUUUAACUUGAUUUAUGAGGAGCCUUCUGAAGAGGAUGUCACCUACACAACAGUGUACAUCAACACCAAGCACAACAGAAACAUGAAGUAGUUGAGAUGGUGUGAAGUGGAACCUCUCACAACUGAGCCUGAGAGUAUGCUGACCACCACUAGAGGGCAGACUGGAACAUGAAUCCCUGACCCUGUGCACAAGUACAAGCCAGGCAAAAAAAAAAACAUACCGUAUCAGAAAUACACACUAAUCAAUGGCCCCACAGUGGAACUUCAAUUCUUACAGAUUAUAUUUUGAGACAUUGUUGCUUUGUGUACAUAAACUUUCCCCCCAAUGUAUUUUACCUAGUCUUAUGCAGUUGGAAAUGCAUUUUACAGUACUUUAAUUUCCAUUAUAUUUACUUCAUAGCUUUAUGUAAGCACUGCGUUGACUGCUGUAAG